CAUGGCCAUCGCUUACUUUAUACCCGACCAAAUCAAGCUGCUGGCGGCCAGCAGCGCCAACAACAGUCACACCAGCACGAAUAGCGGCGGCGGUGUUGGGGUCGGCAACACGAACCCAACCGCAACUGCCACGCCACAACCAGCAGCAACAGCAGCAACGAACAGUCCCAGCGGUGGACACCCGCAUGGCACACAUCAUCAUCACAACAGCAAUAACAAUUUUCGCGCCAACAUCACCAUACCGCUGAGUGCCUACAGCGCCACAGCUGCACAAACGGACACCGGUUGCUGGGAUUUGUUAACACAAAUAUUCUGCCAUGCUUUGCGUUUUUGCCAUCAAUCCGAACGGCAUCCGACUGUAAUACAAAUCUCUGUGGAAAUCAGUCAAGGCGAUGCGACGGGCGCCACAACGGUGCAAGUAGGUGCGGCGGCGCUGCCAGUGGAACAGGCGCACCAGCAACAACAACAGACAGCGUCGCCGACGUUAGUUGGACAUACGACAGCGGUGCCACCAAAUGCGGCAACACAAAAUGUGGCGACUGGAAAUGUGUCUGCAGCCAGCGUGGCACGACCGACGGUGUCAAGUGCUGAGGGAGCGGCGCCGAUUGUGAGUAGCAGAAAUCUGGAGCCCGGCACGCAUAAGCCGGCGGCGAGCAGGCGUUAAGACUACUGAGGCAUUCAAGGAUGAAAGUGUGUGCGAAAGUUUUGAUUGAAAAUCGAAAAUGAAAUCAGAUUUUCGGCACAGCCUUGCAACUGCAACCAAGCAACGAAUGAAGCUCCUCUGGGAGCACUUUGUAAAAGACCAUCAUUAAGCUCAUUCAAAGCGCAUUGUGAUUCCGUGGAAGGUGACGCAUACUUUGCAACAAAACAUUUUAAGUUUUUUAUAAAAAAAAGGUGACGCAUACUUUGCAACAAAACAUUUUAAGUUUGUUAUAAAAACAUUUCGGCCGUACAAAAUUUAAAAUUUGUGAA